CUUUAUGUGCUUAAAAUGAUAAAGCGUCGCGAAUAAUCAAAAGUAUAACAAAAUUAUAAUAAAUAGCAUUAUGAAACCAGCCAUCUAUAUUUACUGCGCGCUCACGUGUAUAAAAGUAACCAUCUGCCUGCGAGUGGUUGGGAUCUCGGUUCCAAAACUGAAACAGAGAGGGGAGCCGGCGUCGCUCACGUGUGACUACGACCUGGAAGGAGGCAAGCUUUACUCCGUCAAGUGGUAUAGGGACAACGAGGAGUUUUAUCGGUACAUGCCCAAGUUGAGGCCGCCGCAGCACGCCCAUAAGUUGGACGGCGUCGAAGUCCUUUUGGAGAAGUCCAGCGCGCGCAGAGUGCACCUCCGAGAGCUGACCUUCAGGUCCCGAGGGUUCUACCGCUGCGAGGUGUCUGAAGAGGCGCCUUCCUUCCACUCUGCACAAGCGGAGGACUUCAUGGAAGUUUAUUAUCUACCCCGAGAAAGUCCGGCGAUCACCGGCCACAAGCAGCAGUACCAGCCAGGAGGACGUCUGGACAUCAACUGCUCCUCACCCAGAUCUUUCCCGGCAGCAGACUUAAAGUGGUACAUCGAUGGACAGAAGGUGUUAGACUCUUCGUGGCUGAUAGCAUACGGGGCGAAGCCGGCGCCCCACGGGCUGCUAGUGACGACUCUAGGGCUCCGGGCCCCGGUCACAUACAGAAUGAAACUGCGCUGCGUAGCCACAAUAGGACCGCAUAAGCGGGAGCACACUGUUUACAUAGAUACCAAUUCGUCCGGAUCACGUCUAGUGACGUCAUUUACAGUUAUUAUUCUAGCAAGUAUUUGCAAAAUCGUUAUGUACGAUAAGAUAUCGUGAUAAGUUACCGAAGUGCUAUUUUGUGUAAAUAAAUUUAUUUUGUUUCUGA